UUGGUGCCUGCGAGCCGCGGUCUGCCAACACCCUCUCCCCCCCUCUCUUCAGGACGCCGUCGCCAACAGCCAUGAAGGUCCUGGCAGUCAUCUGCGCCUCGCUGGCGUGCGCCGCCUCGCAGCUGGUGCUGCCCUACGCGCCGCUGGCCUACCACGUGGCUCCCGUCGUGGUGGGGCCCGUGUCCAGCCAGUUCCACGCGCAGGACGAGCUGGGGCAGUUCACCUUCGCCACCGCCGGGGACCUGCAGGCUCGCGUGGAGACCAAGACCCUGGACGGCGUGGUGAGGGGCCGCUACAGCUACGUGGACCCCACGAGCAAGCUGGUGACGGUCGACUACGUGGCCGACGAUGGCGGCUACCGCGUCGUCGGCGCCAACAACCUGCCCGAGGCACCGGCUGUGCCCUCCGUCGCCGGGCCCGCUCCCGUCAUGGACACCGCUGAGGUGGUGGCCGCGCGCGCCGACUUCCAGAAGAAGUACGAGGAGGCGGCGGCCGCCGCAGCCGCCGCCCCCGAGACACGCAGGAAGCGCAGCGUGCUGUACCCUGCCGUGCUGCCGGCGGCGGUCAAGGCGACGGUGCGCUACACCGAGGCCGAGCCCGUCGACGCCGCCACGCCGGCCGACACCAAGAAGAUCGAGCUGAAGGAGAAGGAGAGCGAGAUCGUCGUCCCCUACACCGUCCCCAUCGCCGCCCCCAUCGCUCCCCUCGCUGCCCCUAUUGCUCCCAUCGUCCCCUAUGCUGCCCCCAUCGCUCCUAUUGCCCCUAUCGCCCCUAUCGCUCCCUACACCGUGGUCGCCCCGGCUCCCGCCAAGGCCACCAUCAAGUACUCCCAGUACGAGCCCGUGGAUGCCGCCACGCCGGCCGACACCAAGAAGGUCGAACUGAAGGAGAAGGAAGCUGAGGUCAUCGUGCCCUAUGCCGCCCCCAUCGCCCCACUGCCCAUCAUAUCCCCCCAUCUGGUUGCCCUGUAAGCGAACCUCCCUGCGCACGACAUGCUCCACCGAUGGGAUGGGGAUCGCUGGUGCGGCAAGGAGAACACUAUGCGACCCAGCGUUAUUGCUUUCCUCCCUUAGCACUCUGGUGCAGUGCUCAAGAGUGGCAGAGGGACGAAACAGCACCAACAAAGUCGCAAUCAAACUAGCUGUUUCCAUCUCCCCGGUGGGUGCUUGUCGAGAAGCAGACCACCUGCUACCUGCCCCAGGCCUAAGAUGCUCAGUGUUUUUUUUCCGACUGCAAGAUGAAUGCUUCAUUCGUAAGGAACACAUGCAAUUUUUAUUUUUAUUUUUGAAUCAGCUGAGCAUUAUUUACCGAUGCACUGAUUAUGUAAACCAAGAUUUGUGCCAUAAUAAAUAAGAAUUUCAAAAUUCUAAUACAAACUUUAAAGUGAAUGCAAAAAAAAAAUUGCUUUGUAAACUGUACCAAUAUGUAAAACCACUUCAGUUACAUUAUAAAUGUCACAUUUAUAAUUAAUGAUGUAGAGGCAUAGUAUGUAAAUUGUUAUUUUCGGUAAAUAUAUAUGUACCUAUUAUAAUUAUAUGUAGCUUGUCGGUAUAUCCAUUAUUGCUAAGUCAGUUACUAGUUUCAGUAGUUUUACAUAUAAUUUAUAAGUGAAAUCAGAGUUUAUAUUGAAUAUCAAUGAUAAUCAUAAAUGUUAUUAAUACAGUAUAUGUAUUUUUAUUACAUUCAUUAAAAUUGUAUGUAGAAGAUUAGCCUUAGUUACAAAUAAUAAAUACAGUUGUUAUAAAUAAUAUUGUGUCUUUCUUAUACCUAAUAAAUACACUAAAAAACAUAUUUAUACAAGUAAAUCUGACGUCUUCCGAACGAAGGCAACCCUAAAGCCCGACCUACAACCACCAGUAUCCGACCCCGCUAACGGAAUGUGCCCCUAGCCAUGGCCCACCCGAGUCAGGCGAGCGCCGCGGAACAUGGGUAGAAUCAAAGCCCAUGCCCUAAUCCACCGGACAACACAAUUCCAGAACAUUGUAAAUUCAACACACAUUAAUGACCACAUCACUUUUAAUUAACAACCCCGUGCAAAGGAAGUGCGACGUAGGAGUGCCCGGGUCACUCAUGUGUGGAUUUGUAUUAAUACCUUUGUGAGUGUUCACCUUGCGGCCUUCAGCCUAAUUUCAAUAACGUAGUGUGUGACUUAAUUAAAACCGCCCCAAAUUUUCAUGUAUCAUUAAUAAUUAAUGUUAAUUUAAUAAUCAUUUUAUAAAGUGUUAUCAUUCACAAAACUGGCCGAAAUCAUCUUCCCGCGCUCCGCAGUUUCCCGCGGAAUUUCCCCCCUCCCUGGCCCCGGCGGCCAGGGAGGUUAGUCAGUCGCCAUCCAGCACUCGCCAGGGCCGGCAGCCCAUGCACGGGGAGCUCUCAACUUUCGCGCCAACAUCACCAGUCUCUGCAAUAGGUAAAUAUAGUCAAACCGUUUAACUCAGCUCCCCGGUCGGCCCGAAUCGGCCGUUCGCGAUUUCGCACGGUCCUUUAAUAUAAUGUGUAGCCCGCCAGCGGGCUUUUUCGUGUGAUACGUAAUCAAUUAGGUGACCCCUCGUGGCACCUGCGCCUCACGCCAGUGAAAUCCCCUCUCGGGGAAUAGUUCUUUGCCCACGCGGGGCGGCACUGCGCCAAACGCGUACCUAAAUGUAACGACGAGUCAUUAACUGGGACGUGCCACGGUCGUGCGUGUGAUAUCCUGCCGGAGUCCGCCGCGCCCGUACCCAGCGUAACGUGGCCCCAGCCACCACGCGGAGUAGCCGACUUUGUAUACCCAUCUGUGCGGGACUAACCACAGUGACUAUAGUGUAGUGUGUUAUCGUAAGUAAUUUUGCGGGACCUAUCGCCCACGCAUUUCACGCUGCGUCCGCGGACUUUCACAUAGGCCGGAACAGGUUAUCGUGCGCCUGAGCACCCCACUCGCAAGUCGCCGGGAACGACCCCCUAUCCACGUACUUGCCACCGGGUUACCGUGUGGCCGUAACAAGUCCGCCAAUAGAGGGUGGCGUGCGCGGAGCUUAGGUCGACGAUGAAGCUGCCAGUUACGUGAGCGUGUAACGUGUAAAAUGUGCGAUGGAAUAA